AUGAGUGUGGAGAUGCUUAAGCCCGCCCACUCAGCCAAAGAUGAACCAAUCAGCUUCAGCAGCAGUUUCCAUUCCAGAGGUCCCCCACAGUUCAUCAAGCACCCCGUGGACCAGAUCGGGGUGUCGGGAGGUGUGGCGUCCUUCGUGUGCCAAGCGACGGGAGACCCCAAGCCCCGCGUCACCUGGAACAAGAAGGGGAAGAAAGUGAACUCACAGCGUUUUGAGACCAUCGAAUUUGAUGAAGGCUCUGGAGCGGUCUUGAGGAUACAGCCCCUCCGCACCCCCAGAGACGAAAACAUUUACGAAUGUGUCGCCCAGAAUUCUGUAGCAGAAAUCACCGUCAACGCCAAACUCACAGUCCUGAGAGAGGACCAGUUGCCUCCUGGGUUCCCCGCUAUUGACAUGGGCCCUCAGCUGAAGGUGGUGGAACGUACGCGGACAGCUACGAUGCUAUGUGCGGCUAGCGGGAACCCAGAUCCAGAGAUAACUUGGUUUAAAGAUUUCUUGCCUGUUGACCCCAGUGCUAGCAAUGGAAGAAUCAAGCAGUUGAGAUCAGAUACCUUUGAAGGUACUCCGAUCCGAGGCGGCCUUCAGAUCGAAAGCAGCGAGGAGACGGACCAGGGUAAAUAUGAGUGCGUCGCCAGCAACAGCGCAGGAGUGCGCUAUUCGUCGCCCGCCAACCUAUACGUGAGAGGUAGGGAGCGCCGUGACUCACAAGAAUGGCAAAUGUGACCUGCGCCCGCCCCUACACGCAUGCACGCCAACCCGCCAGUGUCCUUCGUGAGCUUUUUCUUGCCUUUUUACCAGACCGAAGAAGUGGGGUUGGACUCAUCUCUCAUGGGGAGGAAACUCACACCAUGAUCCAGAGAGGGCUGGAGGAGGGAGAACCAAACUCUGUGAAAAUUGGCCAUCAUGGACAGAAGGAGGACUGUCUAAUAAGACCAUGUUCAAGGAGAAUGUGGGAUACUGGAUAGACAGCCCAGAAUGGGCAGCUUUCUUAAGCCGGGGCCAUCCCCAGCAAUUUGGGGCAGGAUUGUCCUUAGGCGGGUUUGGGAAGGAGAGAACCACAGACGUGGACACCUCCGACUGAAGCUCUCAGUGCCAAGAGCUUCUUCAAAGAUGAUCCUGCUCCACCUUAGACGAGGUGCCAAUGUUCAGUCUGGGGGCUGAACCUCUCUGCGUUUCAACUCUGAACGUUGUUACUAAAGUCCUGUAGGAAGGUUCACUUGGAAAUAGGUGAAGAAUGCAGGUCCUGUCUCCAGCACCCGCUUAGACCAUGGUGAACCCACCCAGAUGCCUCACCUUGGAAGACAGGGAGCGCAUCUCACCAGGAGAGAGCAGAGGUUUCACUGACUUCCUCCUUCACAAGGACAUUAUCCAGGGUCAAGGAAGAGCCACGCUGGUGUAAACUCGGUUCUAAACAGUUGGCCUUUCUUUGAACGCAGAUAACUCGCUAGAAGAGUUUUCUCCAUUUUGUUGGUGCCUUCCGGUUUUCUUGGGGGCACAAUUGAGACUUCCCUCCCAGGGGACGGGUGCCCCUUGGCAGAAGGCGGCAUUUGCCUGUCUAGGAACGAAUCUGCUGGAUUUGAAACCCAGACUGCCCCCUCUUCCUUCCCACUCCUUUGUUUCCUUGAGACUUGACCUCCCUGCCUUUUCUUCCAAAAGAUAUAGGCUAGAUUUACAGUGUUUCUCAACCUUGUUGAGAAAGUUGGAGUGACUUGCUCCGUGCAAAGGCUAAAACAAGAUUGGCCUUUUUAAUUUAUUUUUGCCAGAAGGACCAGGCGGAUCCCACCCCGGGCGAAAUGCAAAGGGUUGAUGCUGGUGUUCUGAACUAGGCUCAGCCUAAAGUGAAGGUGCUGGAGGAUCCCAAGACUUGGGCCAGCCCUGCUAUCGGGCAAAGUAAAACAUCCCCUCCAGAAGCAGAAAGAAAGUGUUGAAAUAGGGCCACUCCGCUGGACUUCCAGCUUCCCAGCCAGCGAGCCUGCUCCAUUCCUACUUCUUCCCAAGAGUUGGAUCUCCCACAGAGGAGGCUCUGUAUCCCAAGGGUGCAAUACAUUGCAAGUUCAUUGGUUCACCUUCUGGACAUGACAUUUGGGUAGCAGAAGGUUGAGCUGGCUCUGAUUAAAGCCGCUGAGAGCCUAAGACGCCUGCCUCCCUUUUGCAAGGCGCCUUGCGAGCCCAACAGAAAAGUGCCCAGCCCUUCCCUAACCAAGAUUUUGCUUUCAAAAUACUCACCAGCAGUAAGCUAGAGAUGGACCUAAGAUGCAAGAUGGGCAGGUUGUUGAGAAUAUGUGGAAGAGCAGUGGCUUUGCCUUCCUCUAGCCUACCAAAAAGCAGAACCACGCAUUUCCAACAGUUUAACUGGCAGCUUCCAUUCCCAUCUAAACCGGAUCGGUGCAUUUCCCCAGCACGGACCUACCUCUUUGAAUCUGGCUGAAUGUCUCCCCUCAUUUUUUUUUUUAAAGUAGGGGUGUUUUUAGAAGUUCCAAUAGCUUUUUGUUUCCCCCCCUUCAAAAAGACACAAGCUACUGCUUGCUAUGUAGAAGACAAACCAGCAGUUUGAUGGGCUGCUAAAUGUUUUAAAAAUCACGGCCGGCCACAAUGAAGUUGUCGGGGGCUUCGGUGUUUACCCAUAAGUAGCCUUUGCCUUCAGAUCACUGGUUCAGAAGUCAUUCCAGCAAAUGUCACUUUUUCCUCCUGAUUUUUUUCCCCUUCCCUUCCCUUUGCAUCUAUGCCCAAUUUUGAAAGAACUGCAUUUGUUACGGUUUAUUGUCGUGAUAAUAUGGACUUAUAUAUUGUUUCUGUAACUUAUGUCUGUUUGGAGUUCGGGGUUAAUGCCCAAAAGGAUGAGAUGUAGUUUCUGGUGCAAAUCUUCAUGACUUCUCUCCCCUGAUGACAGUCUCUGAAGUCUUAAGAAUGAGCCGGGGGGUAAUUUGAAUUCUGGAAUGGAGAAAUUUCCCGCUGCAGAAAAUGCUGGGUUGUAAAGCUGCCCUGAAAUCUUGACCAGAAAUUUUUUUAAAAAUCCUAUGAGAAUUCACACUUGGUGGGUGUAGCGGGACCUAGUGGCGCCGUACAAGGAUUACAGGUGUUUGAGCGCUAACAAGUGUGAAUGAGAAAUUAACUGCUCCAAACUUAACUGGGCAAGUUAAACCAGCACACCACACCCUGCCUGUGCAAAUUAACUCAAAAACCAGUUCGAUCCGAAUCCCUAUUCUAAAAGGCAGGGGGUUGUGGAGAUGGUCACCCCAGUUUAAAACGGGGACCUAUUUCCGCUAAGCGAGCUCUAGCUG